AAAAAAUAAAUCCACUCGUGCGUGUACGGAUCCACCUGCUACGAGAAAAAACUCGGAUCGACCGCUGGUUUACAGCUCUUACUCUAAAGCCCAGGAUCCAGUUUGCCGCCGGGAUCUGCUCCCGGCAUUGCCCAGUCGCUGGCGUGCAGCAUUGACUCACUGCAGCCUACAACUAUGCUCCUCCGCGCGCUGCGAGUCACCGCCCGCAGAGGCGUACGCCGCCUCUCGACGCCCGUGGCCCCCACACCAGAAGCCGUCUGCGCGAACAUCGGCGUGGACCACCACGAGGGAGCUUUGGAUCAGGUCUUCGCCACGCUGGACCAGAACGGCGACGGCAAGAUCGACCCCAGUGAACUGAAGCAGGGCCUCGCGGCCGCGGGCCUCGAACUGACGGACAAGGCUUUACAAAGACUCACGGAGACGUAUGGUGAUCAUACAGGAUCCCUCAAGCAGGCGGGCUUACUGGAGAUGCUGGCGGCCGUCCGCGACCACAAGUUCCACUCGUUCGCGGAAGAAGCGCCCGUCGAAGAGGAGGCCCCGGAGCCUCCCAAACAAACCCCGAUCCACUACGUCUUCUCGGACAUUGGGCAUUUUGAAGGGGCGGUGGACGCGGCCUUCGUCAGCGCGGACGCCGACGGCGACGGCGCGCUGAACCCGGAGGAGCUCCGGGGCGCGCUGGCUUCCAGAGGCGUCGACGUGUCUCCCCAAAAGCUGUCCCACCUCUACUCGCUCUAUUGUAGGGGCGACGGCAAGCUCGAGCUCGUCGAGUUCGCGAACCUCUGCGGGACGCUCACGACGGAGCACUGCGAGGAGGACUCCUUUUCCUGAGCGUCGCCUGUACUAAGACCCAUGCCUGU